UAUACCACAAAUGUUGUUUUACAGGAAAUUCAACCCCUGACAUACAUUUUCUUUCCGGUAUGAUGGUGAAGGAAGAAAUCCUCCUGGGUCAUUAUAUUACAGUUGUCAAAAUGAUCUGAAGGGAGGGACAGUCUGCCCCUCUAGUUUCUAGCAUGAUUAAAAGAGACUCGAGAUAUUCUGAAAAGCCUGGCCCACAGAGGGAUCCCAGUCCUAAAUAGAAGUCAGCGAUAAACCAGCUGGUUCUUCCCUGUGGAUGCAACACCACCUCCCAUUGUUACUGUGUGUAUGAACACAUUUUGAACAACAGCCUCCUAAAAUGCUGUGGUGCUUACCUUACUAAGGUACAAAUCUGUCGUUAUGCCCCUGAACAAGGCAGUUAAUCCACUGUUCCUAGGCCGUCAUUGAAAAUAAGAAUUUGUUCUUAACUGACUUGCUUAGUAAAAAGUACAAAUGUGUCACGGAGGAGGUAGCGACCCCUUUUAAUGUAAUGGGGUUGGGCCAUCCCAAGGAUCCCGGAAUGCACGGACGGUGUUAGUGGGGGAACAGGAAGUUCCGGACAGAUGCACACAAUUUUUCAGUAUAUAGAAAGCGCCAGAACGAUGCAGUCAAUAAUAUAAUCUUUGUGUCCGUUUCUAUUUAUUACUACAGAUUAAGUCUGAGGCCAGUAACAUCAACAGUGAGGACAAACCCAGCCUGCCUCUCUCCUUCCACACUGAGUCCAAACCUACAGUCACUGGGUCCUGAUUGUGACAGUGGAGCCCAAUUUGCACUGCAGGAUCCAGAGAUGGCAUCAGUGAAGCUGGAAGACUGCAGUCAAACACUGGAGCUGAAUGUCAACAUUAAAGAUGAAGAAGAGGAGGAGAAGAUUAGGACAACUGUUAGUCAUGGAGACCAUGUUGAGAAAUUCUCUACAUCCAGAGAGCAACAGCAGGAAGAUCACAGAGCUAACAGGUCUCACCACUGCCCACAUUGUGAGGAGAUUUUCCCAAUUCUAUCAAAGCUAAAAAUACACCUUAAAUCACACACUGGAGAGAAUCUGUAUCCCUGUACUGACUGUGGGAAGAGAUUCACUACAUCAAGGUCUCUGACAGUUCAUCAGAGAAUACACACAGGAGAGAAGCCUUACUCCUGCUCUGACUGUGGAAAGAGUUUCUCUCGACUGGGCAACUUAAAAACACAUGGAUGUAUACAUACAGGAGUGAAACCUUACUCCUGCUCUGACUGUGGAAAGAGUUUCUCUCGACUGGGUGACUUAAAAACACAUGAACUUAUACAUACUGGAGUGAAGCCUUACUCAUGCUCUGACUGUGGAAAGAGUUUCUCUCGACUGGGCCACUUAAAAACACAUGCACGUAUACAUACAGGAGAGAGGCCUUACUCCUGCUCUGACUGUGGAAAGAGUUUCUCUCGACUGGGCAACUUAAAAACACAUGAACGUAUACAUACAGGAGUGAAGCCUUACUCCUGCUCUGACUGUGAAAAGAGUUUCUCUCGACUGGGCGACUUAACAACACAUGAACGUAUACAUACAGGAGUGAAUUCUUACUCCUGCUCUGACUGUGGGAAGAGUUUCACUCGACUGGGCCACUUAAAAACACAUGAACGUAUACAUACAGGAGUGAAGCCAUACCUCUGCUUUGACUGUGGAAAGAGUUUCUCUCUGCUGGAAAACUUAAAAAGACAUGAACGUAUACAUACAGGAGUGAAGCCUUACCCCUGCUCUGAUUGUGUAAAAUGCUUCACAACAUCAGCUGACCUAAAAGUUCAUCAGAGAACACACACGGGAGAGAAGCCUUACUCCUGCUCUGAUUGUGUAAAAUGCUUCACAACAUCAACUGACCUAAAAGUUCAUAAGAGAACACACACGGGAGAGAAGCCUUACUCCUGCUCUGGCUGUGGAAAGAGUUUCUCUCGACUGGGCCAGUUAAAAAGACACCAAGUUAAUCAUAAAGGAGAGAAGCCUUAUCACUGAUCUGACUGUAGAUGUAUUUAUUUUUUUAUCAACAGCUGAGCUAAAAGGGUCAUCAGAGAACACACAGAGGAGAGAAGCCUUACUUCUUCUCUUAAUGUGGCAAGAGUUUCUCCCGAUUGGGCAAUGUAAAAACACACCAACAGAUACACACUUGAGAGAAGCCUUAUCACUGCACUGACUGUGAGAAGAGAUUCUACAGAUUGGUGUCUUUUUAAAUGGCCCAAUGUAUACAUAAAGGAGAGAAGUCUCAUCAGUUUUCUCAGACCAGCUAAGAUUAGUCACUCUACUUAAUUCUCAUCCCAUAAAAUAAUUGGCAACUUUGAAUUGGAUCAAAUGAAGAAAGCGUAGAACACUCUUGUAAUCCUAUUGUUUCUCACUGUGAGAACCGUGCAGAAAGAAGGGAGCAUUCUAGAAUGGUAGCCUCUCUUCUCUUUACUGAUCAGUGUGCACCUUGUCAGGUUGUAUGUUUUGUUAGCUUCUACUGUAAAGAUAUUGAGACCUUGGAUUGCAAUUAUGAUUGAAUAUCCUCCGUGAGGCGUCUCACUAUGGAGUCUGAUGGUUGACUGGGUGGUGCUGCUUCCCUCUGCAGUUUUCUGUGGGAAUAAGCUUGUAUACACAACAUAUACUGAGUGCACAAAACAUUAAGGACACCUGCUCUUUCCAUAACAUAGACUGUUUCUGAACAGCACUUUGUGACAUCGGCUGAUGUAAAAAGGGCUUUAUAAAUACAUUUGAUAAAUUUGAUUGUUUGAAGUCCGAGAUCAACUUUCUGGUCCUCCCCUGUGGAAGCCAGACCCCCUCCCAUUGUUACUGUGUGUAUGAACACAUUUUGAACAAUGGCUUCUUAAAAUGCUGUGGUGUUUACUAACACAAUAGGAAAGGUUUUGGUUGAUGUGGACCAUCACAGGAGGGUUCACAGCUCUUCCACUCUGAACAAUGGGGCAGGGAAAGGGUAACAAGCUUCCUCUCUGGUUCCAUUCCCCAAUAGUAAGUGGAUCAUACUUGAAUUGUGGUAGUAAUAUUGUCCCUGGACUCUGGCACCAUAGAAAACACUUAAAAAGGAUUUUUAAAAACCCAAAUACAUUUGUUUCAUUUCACAUUUAAAUAUGAAAAAUGUCCUUUAAACUGUAUAACAUUAUUAGUAUGUAUUGUAGAACAUACUGGGGACUCAUUGGCAUGUAGAAGUGUAUUAUAUGUAUUGAGUAGAUACAUAGACAUUUAAAUGAUUUAGCAUGCUAUCAAUUAAACAAACACAUGCUCUGUAUAUAUAACCCAUAGGAUGAGCAGUAGAAUGUAGAAUAUUUAUUUUUCAUUAGCGGAUCAAUCAAGUUCCAUGCAGUUAUCCAAAUACAUUCUUCAUCAAGGAUGAAAAUAAUACAUCUAGCUUUAAAAGACAAUGUAAUAAACAUAUGUAGUAGUUUCAACGUAUGUAUAUCAUUAAACAAAAGUCGUUUAGGGAAAGGUGAAAUUUACACAAUUGUUACCCGGAGGAAAAUGAGGGAGUGUCAUGCUUUUUAGAUUUCAGUCAAGGGGAGGGUUUAGUAUUUUUUUCAAUUUAGUUCAGGGAGUGUCAUGUAAUUUGCAAUCAAUCAAAUGUCACAUUGCUCAGGGUUUGAGAAUUAUUUGCUUAUUAUAUCUCAUGAUGCCCCUCCCUGAUUCUCUGCUGGGUGAGCAAUAUCAAGUGUGGUCUCAAUAAAAUGAUUAAGUUCUGAACGAACAGAGUAGAAACUCAAAUGGACAACUAGUAAAAGCACACACCAGAUUCAUUCAACCUACGCGAUACGUCAGCUGCAAAUACAACAUACAAGUCACACACUGACAUAAUUAUACGUUGCACCACUCACCACCUCUAAGAUAAACAAUCAGUCUAUUUCUCAGAGGACCUAAGUCUGUUAUUUUUACUGGUAUUGUCAUGGCCCUGCCUGAGUCCAGAGCAGUGUGAGCAGAGAGGUGUGGGAGAUAGGACUGUGGUUAGUGUCGUUGGGGUGGACCCCUCCGGCCCUCCUCCCAGAGGUUUCUUCUCUCUUCCAACAUGUUCCAUAGACUAUACUAUAGGCCUAGGCUAUACCAAGAUCAUGCUCGGAAAAGAACAGUGCAAAGUUAUAUUUAUAAAAAAAUUUACUUUCUUUCCAUAGUUUGUUGUGUACGAUGGCACUUCAAGAGACGAGGCUGCAAAAAUACAAAAUAUCUGUGUGCCUGGACUAAGUCUACUGUCCUGUUCAGUUUGAGAAGAUGAGGAAAACUAGAGCUAUGGCUAUAAUUGAUUUGAAUAAAAACAACGUUUAAUAGUUUUUUUUUGUUAUUGACCUCUCAGUAAGCCAUAUUCGAGUAAUUUCCAUGAUUCUUUAAUCCCUAUUUGUCCUCUUUUUUUUUACAGCUUUUUUGCUAAAUAUACAUACAUUUUACCGAUGCAUUUUACU